AUCUGUGAAUUACCAUAAUGAGAACCUCAUCUCCCCACAAGACUGCUGUGAGGUCUUGGGAAUGCACACGCAGGCUCUGGGAGGCUUCCUCCCUGCUCAGCCCUGGCUGCGGCUCUCCCUCACUGUUACAGAUGGGGAGACUGAGGCUGAGCGAUGCGAAGGCAUUUUUCUGGUCCUGAGCUGCGGCCUGGAGUCAAACCCUGUACAUCGCCUUUCCUUCUCCAGGAGCUUUGAAUCUCAGACUCCGAGAGGUUAUACCCAGACUGAGGAUGAGAGAGCCGAGACCCGACCUGGUAGAAGAGCGGACUGUUAUCCCUGUGAAAUCCCUCCAGGCUGCCUGGCUUCCUGCCUCCUGAUUCUGCCAUCCGUGUGGAUUUGUGAAAUGUGUACAUUUAAUUCCUCAGAUAUUUACCAAGGUCCUCCCUGUACCCAGGACCUUGCUAGGCACAGCGAAAACAACCCCGGAUGUCUCCGACCCUCUUACUUUGCUGAGUGGGCCCCACUGGGUCCUCCUUACUGCAGUUGGGCUGUAGCUCUGGACAAGGCCUGGGCGAGACACUGCCACUGCCAGUCACAUGGCGCAGGUGGGUCACAUCCUGCCCAGUGGAAGGCUUGUCUGGUCUUCGGGCCUCACCUCUCCAUCUUGCGCCCAAGGCACUGGCAAGGGGCCUGGUGGACAGAUAGUUGGCCACGUCCAGUGAGUGGCUCUGCCCAAAGCUACAGAGGAUGGCAGGUGGACCCAGGCCUCCACGUGGAUGGAGGCAAGAGCUGCUCACUCGCAGAGGGUAGAAGUGUGUGGACCCUGGAGGAAGGGUUAAGUUUUUCAGCUUUUUUGUGUCAGAGACUCCUUUGACAUCUUAGUGAUGUUUACUGAUCUCUUUCGGAAAAUGUGUGUGGGGUGAGUUUGUUUGUUUGUUUAAAGUAAUCUCUCCACCCAG